AAGGAGUUUUACAUGAAGUGAAGCAAGGUGAUCUAACGGUGAUAGAGUAUUUCAAUAAAUUGUCACACCUUUGGCAGCAAGUAGACAUGUUCAACAAGUUAAACUGGGAGUGUAAUGAUGAUGGAGCUGUUUUCAAAUUAUACCUGGAAGAGAUGAGGAUUUUUAAAUUUCUUAUCGGCUUGAAUGAUAACCUGGAUGAGGUUCGUGGUAGAAUAUUGAGUGUUAAGCCACUGCCCUCCAUUCAAGAGGUGGUUUCUGAAGUGCACAGAGAAGAAAGUCGAAAGAAGGUAAUGCUCAGGUCUGAGUCAAUGCCAACCAGUGGAGACGCAUCAGCGCUUGCAGCCAGAGGUAAUUCAAACAAUCCUGUUGAUGGUAAAACCAGAAAAGGCCGACCAUGGUGUGAUCAUUGCCGUCGUCCAGGCCAUUACAAGGAAACCUGCUGGGAAAUUCAUGGAAGGCCAGCAGAUUGGAAGCCACGUAGUCAGACCAAGAAGGGAUAUUUUGCAUGUGGAAAUAAUACUGGUGAUAGUGACGGAAAUCUAUUCAGCAAGGAACAGAUUGAGCAGUUGCAAAAAUUAUUUGGUCACUUUUUAUCAACACCUGUUGGGACUGGUUCUAUGGUACAGUCAGGACUUGAUCUCGAAGAGGAUGAUUGGAACUGCUGAAUUACGAUCUGGUUUAUACAUUCUAAAAGUAGAAUCUGCCUUCCAUUCACAAUGUCAUUCCACCAAGCAAGUAGUUACUCAAAGUCACUCUAGGACUAGUUCAAAUAAAGAAAGUACUGUGAUGUUAUGGCAUUACAGGUUAGGCCAACCAAACUUCUUGUACUUAGAGAAACUUUUUCCUGAUUUAUUUGUUAAUAAAAGUCCUAGUGAAUUUUCUUGUGAAA